GGCCUGCGCGGGGCCAACCUGGAGCGAGUCGGGAGCAGGCGGCGAGACCCGAGCGGUGGGACCCGAGCGAAGGCAGCGCCGAGGCCGCCGUGCCCUGCCGGGCCGCCCCAGCCGCCGCCAUGGGCAUCAAAUUUUUAGAAGUUAUCAAACCUUUCUGUGCAGUUCUACCAGAAAUUCAGAAACCUGAAAGGAAAAUCCAGUUUAGAGAGAAGGUACUAUGGACUGCCAUAACUCUCUUCAUUUUCUUAGUAUGUUGUCAGAUACCACUAUUUGGAAUCAUGUCAUCAGAUUCUGCAGAUCCUUUCUACUGGAUGAGAGUUAUUCUUGCAUCCAACAGAGGAACUUUAAUGGAAUUGGGUAUCUCCCCAAUUGUAACAUCUGGUUUGAUUAUGCAGUUGUUAGCUGGAGCCAAAAUCAUUGAAGUUGGAGACACACCCAAAGAUAGAGCUCUAUUCAAUGGAGCCCAGAAACUAUUUGGUAUGAUCAUUACCAUUGGGCAAGCCAUUGUGUAUGUCAUGACGGGCAUGUAUGGGGAUCCUGCUGAAAUGGGUGCUGGAAUCUGUCUCCUUAUCAUUAUUCAGUUGUUUGUUGCUGGUUUGAUUGUGCUGCUGUUAGAUGAGCUGCUACAGAAGGGUUACGGCUUGGGGUCUGGUAUUUCCCUCUUUAUUGCCACCAACAUCUGUGAAACCAUUGUCUGGAAGGCCUUUAGUCCCACUACUAUUAACACUGGCAGAGGCACUGAGUUUGAGGGUGCAGUCAUAGCACUCUUUCACUUACUGGCCACCAGGACAGACAAGGUCCGCGCUUUACGGGAGGCUUUCUAUCGUCAGAACUUACCCAAUCUCAUGAACCUCAUUGCUACGGUUUUUGUGUUUGCUGUUGUUAUAUAUUUUCAGGGAUUUCGUGUUGACUUGCCCAUCAAGUCGGCCCGGUAUCGAGGACAGUACAGUAGCUAUCCCAUCAAGCUCUUCUACACCUCGAACAUUCCCAUUAUUCUCCAGUCGGCCUUAGUGUCAAACCUGUAUGUUAUUUCCCAGAUGCUGUCUGUUCGAUUUAGUGGCAACUUUUUAGUAAAUUUACUAGGACAGUGGGCUGAUGUCAGUGGGGGAGGACCUGCUCGUUCUUACCCAGUGGGAGGCCUCUGUUACUAUCUUUCUCCUCCUGAGUCCAUGGGCGCCAUAUUUGAGGAUCCUGUCCAUGUGGUUGUUUAUAUCAUCUUCAUGUUGGGAUCAUGUGCAUUCUUUUCUAAGACAUGGAUAGAGGUGUCUGGUUCCUCAGCCAAAGAUGUAGCUAAGCAGCUUAAAGAACAGCAAAUGGUAAUGAGGGGCCACAGAGAUACCUCUAUGGUUCAUGAACUUAAUAGGUACAUCCCCACGGCGGCCGCGUUUGGUGGCCUGUGCAUCGGCGCCCUGUCGGUGUUAGCCGACUUCCUCGGGGCCAUCGGCUCUGGCACUGGCAUCCUGCUUGCGGUCACUAUUAUUUAUCAGUAUUUUGAAAUUUUUGUCAAGGAACAGGCUGAAGUCGGUGGGAUGGGUGCUUUGUUUUUCUAAAUGUUCCAAUAUUUCUUCUUGUGUGUGUGAAAGGGAAAAUACUUUUGACACAAUGUUUUUGUCCAGUAAUGCUGGUUCCCCUUUCCUUCCCUCACAGUUUGUGUUCACGUGCUCACUGGCCCGUUUGUGAAAUGGGCGCCGAGCUGAGCCUGUGUGCAGCAUGAGUACCAGCUGCCUUAAAACUAAAGUUUACAUUAUUCGUUCGAAAAUGUCCCUGUAGUGUUGCCUGUGAUGCUGGAAAGCAGUGUAGCUGCCGUGCCCUGCUCACUUGGGCCGGCGAGACGGUGGUGUGGAUCAGUUUUGCACACAACAUUCAGAACACUCACUCUUACCCCCACUUGUUUAAAAAUAAAUGUAGUUCAAAUUGCCACUUUCCAGUAUUUUUGAGCUUAUUUAAUGAGUUCUGGAACAUUUGUAUCUAAUCUGUAUUUUAGAUAUAAUUAACUUUUUAUACUUUUUUAACUCCUCGUAUCCACGGUCCCCCCCCCCGCCCCCCGACUCGGCCCCUCAGCCCACAUGCGCCCCGUGGAACUUCAGUUCCAGCGGGUCCUAGAAACCCCUGCUUGUAAUUACUCCUCCUGGUUUUCAUUCCUUUCUUCCCAGUGACAGCAGUCGGUGCUGUUUUACUGUAUUGGCUAUGCCUUUGAAUUCCAACACGUCACUUAAGAAUAUUCUUUCAAGAUACGAUGCCCCAGUUCUUUUCUUUUUUUUUAAAUCCCUAAAGCAAAGCUCUAAUUCUCACGCAAUGUCUGUGGUUCAGUGGGGGUGAACAAUGGGUAAUUCAUGCUAGGAAUUUGUGUACGUUGUUGUACGUGACAGCAGCAACAUGGGUGUAAACAGUAGAAAAUAAAACUUUAUUUGAUAAAACUGUUUCAGUUGUGUUGGAAAAAUAAAAUCGGAUAUUAAAUGAUUUCUAAGAUUAUUUGUAUAGGUUCAUCGUAAUCCUACAAAACCCAUCCUGAGAGGUUGUGGCAAGAGGUCAAACGUUAAUUAUAAUUUAGUGUUUAAUCCUAAACCUGUUGAGGAACAGGGACCAGCUUAAAGGUGCUCAGUUAUGCGACUGACACUGGAAAAAAUAGGAAAACAGCAGUCUCAGGUAACAUCCCAAUCUCCAUCCGAAGUAGCAUAGCUCUU